GGAUAAAAAGCAAGUUAAACCGGGAUUUAAGUUAUUAAUCUACAUUGAUAGAAAUGGACAUUAUCCGACUAUCUUUAUCUACUUACAAUGUUCCAAUUGAUUUUGGCUGCGUUCCUUUUGACGCUUUCACAGCGUGAGAGCAUCCCUCCAUCUCUGUUUAAUAUUCGAUGUGCAACGAAGACAGAAUGACGAAAGCGCUGAAGCGUCAAAAGGAACGUAGCCUUUGUGUCUCGCUCGAUCGAUAAAGUAAUUCGUGGUAGUCGAUAAAGUAGCGUGCCGGCUACACGAUUACUUACCGAUAAUCGAUAACAGCUGUUUCUUUCUUAGUUGAUAACAUAAGCUUUACGAUCCCAUGCGGCCCAUGCCGCGAAUGUGAUAUAUGUCAAAAUGGCCGAUAUCAAUAAGGAGUUGAACGAGUAUCUUCUCAGCAGCAAAAAUGAAAAGCAAUAUAAAAUCGCCAUUCCAUCGGUAGCGAUAUCGAGAACGAGCUUCGGGAGAUGGUUCGGAAAAAAUACUGACGAUGCGGAGGAGGAUACAGGAUGGGUCCAAAGAUCUCAAAGAGAAUGUUGUCCUACUAUGACGAGAACGCAGAGACUCAUAUCCUUCGCUGUAUGUUUUCUUCUGGGAUUAUUAUGCUUCUGUCUAUCAGCGAUUUAUAUACCAGUUUUAUUACUCAAAGCAAGAAAAUUUGCUCUGCUUUAUUCCUUAGGAAGUCUCUUCUUCGUAACGAGUUUUUGUUUUUUGUGGGGAUCAAGUUAUAUGAAAUCAUUAUUCCUAGCUGAGAAGAAGUACUUUACCUUGUUGUACUUCGCAACGUUAACAGGCACGCUCUAUUUUGCUCUGCAUUUGCAAUCGACUCCUUUGACAGUACUGUGCGCUAUUUUGCAGUUGAUAGCUACGUUAUCCUUUCUAAUAAGUCAUAUACCAGGAGGAACAACUGGUCUCAUGUUCUUUACAAGAAUGUUUAGAUCAUCUGUGAAGUCAAGUUUACCUGUGUGAUAAGAUACUGCGCUUAGGAUAUGUUUUAAUGUUUUAUAAUAAAAUACAACAAUAUUCCA